AUGCCGGAGCUUCCGGAGGUAGAGGCGGCGAGGAGAGCGAUAGAGGAAAAUUGUCUAGGGAAGAAGAUUAUGCGAGUCAUCAUCGCCGACGACAGCAAAGUGAUCGAUGCAAUCUCGCCGUCCGAUUUCCAAACCUCAAUCCUCGGGAAAACCAUCGUCUCUGCUCGUAGAAAGGGGAAGAACCUCUGGCUCGAGUUAGAUUCCCCUCCAUUUCCUUCUUUCCAAUUCGGUAUGGCUGGAGCUAUCUAUAUCAAAGGCGUUGCAGUUACUAAAUAUAAGAGAUCUGCUGUAAAGGACUCAGAGGAGUGGCCAUCUAAGUAUUCAAAGUUCUUCGUUGAGCUUGAUGAUGGUUUGGAGCUUUCAUUCACUGACAAGAGGAGAUUUGCCAAAGUUCGGCUUUUAGAAAAUCCGGCUUCUGUGCGUCCAAUAUCAGAGCUUGGUCCUGAUGCAUUGUUGGAGCCUAUGACAGUUGAUGCAUUUGAGAAGAGCUUAGCCAAAAAGAAAAUAACCAUAAAACCUCUCCUACUUGAUCAGGGCUUUAUUUCAGGUAUUGGGAACUGGAUCGCCGAUGAAGUGUUGUACCAAGCCAGAAUCCACCCGUUGCAGACUGCUUCUAGCCUCUCCAAAGAGCAAUGUGAAGCUUUGCACACAUCCAUCAAAGAGGUCAUUCAACAUGCGGUUCAAGUGAAUGCUGAUAGCAAAGAGUUUCCUGUUGAAUGGUUAUUUCAUUUUCGGUGGGGGAAGAAACCGGGGAAAGUUAAUGGGAAGAAGAUUGAUUUCAUCACUGCUGGUGGAAGGACAACAGCUUAUGUUCCAGAGCUGCAGAAACUCACUGGGAAAGACGCUGAGAAAGCAACCAAGGUUAGACCGGCUAAAAGAGGUGUGAAGUCAACAGAAGAGGAUGGAGACGGAGAAGAAGAUGAACAAGAAUCAGAGAAAGAAGAUGACAGUGCUAAACCGAAGAAAGGACAGAAACAGAAACCAAGGGGUCGUGGUAAGAAGCCUGCAUGGAAGAGAAAAACAGAAGAUAGUGAUGAAGAAGACGAUGAUGCUGAGAGUGGAGAUGAUAGUGAAGCUCAAGAGGAAGCUACUAAACCUAGAAGGCGUUGUACAAAGCCUGUUACAAAGAGGAAACCUGAAGAGAAAGUUGCUAGUCAAGCUGGUAACAAGAAGCCAAAGGGAAGGAAAAAAUGA